AAAUAUACAUUUUCAUUUUGGUUUUCUUUCUCCUCCCGCCACAUUUGCCACCACCGGAUCUGUAGCUGAGAUCUCGCUUUUUGGGUCAGUGGCUGGGUGGCCUCCCUUUAAGUAGAGGCUGCAGCCAGCCUAGCUCUGCUUCAUGUAGGUUCUUUCUUCCGCUCCGGUCCUGGAAUUUGGGCAGCCAGCACUGAGCCUUCAUCACCCCAUCCGCCAGAGGCAAAGCAAGACUCUGAACUAACUGAAGGGACUGUUUUGACUGGCUGUGAAGAAGACCCAAGGAGGAGGUGGUCAUGAGCGAGUCUGGGCAGAGGUCGAGGCCGUGGCCACCAGGGGACGCCGCGAUGACGCCGUCCGAGCCGGCUGCGGCCGCGGACGCGAGGGGCGAGGCGACGACGCUGAGGGACUUCGGCACGUCCAUGGACGCCAUCUCCUUCGGCUUCGCGGCCACGGCCAUCCUCAUCUCCAUCUUCCUCCUCAUGGCCAUCUUCGAGCACCUCAUCAGGCCCCAGGCCUUCCAGGCGCCGGCCGACUCCCCGGGCGGCAGACGCCGGCGUGGCCACCGCUCGCCCGGCAAACCCCGGAGCCCGCCCAUGGUGCAGACGGUGCUGCAGGCGGCGGACCUGUCGGUGCUGAUGCCGGGGCAGCGGUACCCGACCUACCUCGCGCAGCCGGCGCCAUUGCCGCCGCCGUGCCCCAGGGAGGGGGUGCACUGGCCGCCGCACGACCACCACCGCUCCCACAUGCCACCCUGACCAUCUCACUCGGUCGAAAGUUUCGUUCAGUUUUUGUACAGCGGGAGAUUGUUGUAAAAGCCGGAGAAUGUGAACAAAAAUCCUGGUUCGUUGUCGGUGCCGUUCUCUUA